AUGGCUGCUACAAAGCGGAGAAGACUUCCGGAGGUGGACAAAGAGAACCUUCCUGGAAAUGUUUGUCCGCGAAACAAGCACUGUCAUGCUGGUGACCAGAAGGUGAAGACGGUGGAAGAGAUCUACCAAAAAAAGAGCCAGCUGGAGCACAUCCUGCUCAGGCCGGACUCAUAUGUCGGAUCCAUCGAGCGACAAACACAAGAGCACUGGGUGCUUGAUGAUGCCAGCCAAAGGAUGUCAAAGAGAAGCCUUGAGUAUGUUCCUGCAUUGUACAAGAUUUUCGACGAGAUCUUGGUAAAUGCUGCAGACAACCUCAUCCGAGAUCCGACCCAGAACAUCAUCCGGGUCGAGGUCAAGCGCAAGGAGGGCUCUCUGAGCGUUUGGAACAAUGGUGCUGGCUUGCCGAUUCAGAUGCACCGGGAGCACAAGUGCUACGUCCCUGAACUAGUUUUCGGUCAUCUGCUCACAAGCGACAACUAUGACGACAGUGAGAAAAAGGUUGUCGGCGGACGUAACGGCUAUGGCGCCAAGUUGACCAACAUUUUUUCGACAAAGUUCAUUCUGGAGACAGCAGACUCGAGGAGUGGCAAGAAGUACAAGCAAGUCUGGGAGAACAACAUGACCGUUUGCCACAAACCAAGCAUUGUUCAGAAUAAGUCUGAGGACUACACUCAGGUCACCUUCUUUCCUGACUUCGCCCGCUUUGGAAUGCGCAAUCUCGAGGAGGACAUUGUUGCACUGAUGAGACGUCGUGCUUUCGACCUGGCUGCUUCCACGCAGGGACGGUGUCAAGUCUUCCUGGACGGACAGUGCCUGGGCGUCUCCAGCUUUCAGGACUACGUGGAUCUUCAUGUGAAGCCCGAGAUGUUUCGCACGUGCAAGGUGGUGAAUGAUCGCUGGGAAAUUGCGAUUGGCCUGACAGAUGGCUCUGGCUUUCAGCAGGUGAGCUUCGUGAAUUCCAUCAACACCUCUCGUGGUGGCACUCAUGUGACCUACAUUGCUGACCAGGUUGUGAGCGCAAUCCUGGAUAAGAUCGGGAAACAGAAAGGUGGAGGUACUUUGGCGGUGAAGAGCCAGCAUGUCAAAAGCUACUUGUGGAUCUUCGUCAACUGCUUGAUCGAAAACCCAGCCUUCGACUCUCAGACCAAGGAGACGCUGACGAGCAAGCGAGAGAGGUUUGGGUCCGCCUGCCGCUUGCCAGAGGAGCUCUUGGAGGACGUGGUGAGCUCCGGCAUCAUCGAAGCGCUCCAGGAGUGGUCCAAGGCCAUGGGGAAAAACGAGUUGGCCCAGCACUUGAACCGAAGCGAUCUAGGCUUGCAAAAGCGUCUUUUCGGCGUCCCGAAGCUUGAGGAUGCCAACCUGGCUGGAACGAAGGAGGGCCAGUCCUGCACGCUCAUCCUUACUGAAGGCGAUUCAGCCAAGGCCCUGGCAGUUGCUGGUCUCGGCGUUCUUGGCCGCGAUCGUUAUGGUGUUUUCCCACUGAGGGGCAAACUUCGGAAUGUCCGCGAGUUGACCGUGAAGCAGAUGCUGGAGAACAAGGAGAUCGAACAGGUACUGAAAAUCAUGGCUUUGGAUGCGAGCAAGGACGAGUAUCGCGAUGCGAAAAGCCUCCGUUAUGGUUCUAUUAUGAUCAUGACGGACCAGGACCACGACGGAUCCCACAUCAAGGGCCUCAUCAUCAACUUCAUUCAGCACUGGUUCCCUUCUCUUUUGAGGUUGCCAGGCUUCCUGAAGGAGUUCGUGACCCCGAUUGUGAAGGUCUCCAGAGGCGACGAGACCUUGACUUUCUUCACCUUGCCGGAAUAUGAAUCUUGGAAGAGAGCCAAUGGUGAUGGGCGCGGAUGGAAAUGCAAAUACUACAAAGGUCUGGGCACAUCAACAAGCUCAGAGGCCAAAGAGUAUUUUGCAGAUCUCGGAGAACAUGAGCUUCAGUUCACAUAUUCAGGAAGCCGUGAUGAUGAUCUCAUCGAUAUGGCCUUCGCCGCCAAGAGGUCUGAUGACCGCAAGGUUUGGAUCUCAAGCGUGGAGGAAGGCACUUUCGUGGAUCAUUCGCAGCCCACCUUGAGUUACUCCGACUUCAUCGAGAAGGAGCUUUCUCUGUUUGCGAAGUACGACGUGGAGCGUGCCGUGCCUUCCCUUGUCGACGGUUUGAAGCCGGGGCAGCGCAAGGUGCUGUAUGGAUCCUUCAAGAAGAAGCUCACAAACGAAAUCAAAGUGGCGCAGCUUUCAGGCUAUGUGGCCGAAACCUCGGCAUACCACCAUGGUGAGGCUUCUUUGCAGGGCACCAUCAUCGCCAUGGCCCAGACAUUCGUCGGGAGCAACAAUAUCAAUCUCUUCGAGCCGCGGGGCCAGUUUGGAUCCAGGCUACAAGGCGGAAAGGACCAUGCUGCAGCCCGUUACAUCUUCACGUGCCUCUGCAAGGUGACUCGCUGUCUCUUCCCCGCAGAGGAUGAUGCUGUCUUGGAGUAUCUGAGCGAAGAAGGCCACCAAAUCGAGCCCAGAUUUUACUGUCCUGUCAUCCCCCUCGCGCUCGUCAACGGUGCUGAUGGUAUUGGGACGGGAUGGAGCACCAGCAUUCCCAAUCACAAUCCGCGGGACGUGAUCGCCAACAUCCGAUGCCUGCUCAGAAAGGAAGCGAUGCAGCCCAUGGCACCCUGGUUCCGUGGCUUCAAGGGGAAUGUGAGGAGCAUCGAAGGCUCACCUGGCAAGUAUGAAGCCCUGGGAGUCGCCUCCCAGAAGGGUCGAGUUCGCCUGGAGAUCACCGAGCUUCCGCCCAGACGCUGGACGCAGGACUACAAAGACUGGCUGGUGGAGCAGCUCCCGAAGCCAGGGGACGAAAGGCGUGCAUCCAUCACGGAGCUGCGGGAGUACCACUCCGAGAACUCGGUGCACUUUGUCCUGUCCAUGACGCCGGACAAGCUCUCCGAGGUGGGACCUCUUCAGUUCCUCGAAGGCAGCACAGGGCUUUGGGCAGGCAUGCCAAAUGCUUCUCACACUUCAAAACAAAGUCUUUGUUUGACGUUGCGCAGCUCCAAGCUCUACAAGCAAUAA